UGCACUUGUAGUGUGGAAGGAAGUUGGCUCGAGGCUUCGAGGCUUCACUCUUCGCAGCGCCACUUGCACUCCGGCAUUAUGAGCAGAGCUGGUCAGAGCUGCGCGCCUUUCUGAAUUACGUUCCGAGCGAUUUAGAGAUCAUGGAGUUGGGAGCCUGCGUCCUCGUCGCCAUCCUCGCCUCCCAGAUUGUGUGCACUGUAGCUCAAGAGGAGGUGGAGGAGACAGCAUGCUCACCUGGCUUUCAGGUGAAGAAGUACCAUGUGGAGUAUGAUGGAGGGUUCCUGAAAGAUCAGCCUCUCCUGCAAGUUGUGUUUGAUGACUGUAAGGGGAAUAAGGAUGUGGCAUUUGAAGUGUCCCACCCCGACUUCCUGAUAGACGAGGACCUGUAUCUGGUCCCUAGAAGAGAUGUAGUUGACAGUGGGACGGUCAUAUUCAUUCACUGGCUCAGUGACCGCGCUGAUGACACGGCACGGGUGGACAUAAUUGGCGUGCCGUCCCAAUCCGCCCGUACACUCAGGGAGAUUCUGGGUGUUGGAAACAUGAGGCCAUACAGGUCGAAGAGAUCCCUGCUGGUGCCUCCAAUGUUUGUACCUGAGAACCAGCGUGCACCGUUUCCCAGGUCCAUUGGAAAGUCUCAUGUGAUCCCGUCUGAUAUGAAAGACGACCACAUUUUUCGGCUGAUGGGAAGGGGGGCAGAUGAGGAUCCGAAAGGUGUGUUCAGCAUCAACAAACUGACUGGAGAGGUUGCCGUGAGCCGUGCCCUGGACCGAGAGGCCAUAGCGUUCUACCGUCUCCAAGUAUCGACCACAGACAUGACUGGGAGGCUAGUGGAGGGACCUGUGGAUUUAGACGUGUUUGUGAUUGACCAGAAUGACAACAGGCCCAUCUUCAGGGAGACUCGCUAUUCCGGAGAGGUUCUAGAGGGCUCCCCAACAGGCACCACGGUGAUGACGAUGACUGCUUUUGAUGCUGAUGAUCCCAACACUGACAAUGCUGUACUGCGCUACAUCAUUGUGAGACAGUCUCCUGAGAAACCCUCACCGAACAUGUUCUAUAUUGACCCAGAGAGAGGUGACAUUGUCACAGUCAUCUCACCAUCCCUACUCGACAGAGAGACGCUGCCCACCACACAGUACGAGCUGGAGAUUGUGGCUAAAGACAUGGCAGGAAGUGAGGUUGGAUUGACGGGAACUGCCACUGCUACCAUCACCAUCACAGACAGAAAUGACCAUGCACCUGAGUUCACCCACUCACUGUUCCAGGCAUCAGUGAAUGAAGGAUCUAAAGGCAUUGUGGUGAACCUGACAGUGGAUGAUCGAGAUGACCCUGCCACUGGAGCUUGGAGAGCCAUGUACUCCAUCAUUAACGGAGAUCGCAACCACAACUUUGCGAUCCACACCAACCCAGACAAUAACGAGGGCAUGCUUUCUGUGGUUAAGCCUCUAGACUACGAAAGCAAUGUGUUUCACACUCUGCUGAUAAGGGUGGAGAAUGAGGACCCUCUGGUUCCUGAUGUCAUAUAUGGCCCCAGCUCUACAGCCACCGUCUACAUUACAGUUGAGGAUGUGAACGAGGGACCGGUCUUUUUCCCUGAUCCUUUGGUGGUGAUCAAGCGGGAGAACAUUCCUGUAGGCAGCUUUGUGGCAAUGCUCAAUGCCACUGACCCAGACUACCCUCAGGUCCAGAGCAUAAGGUUUGCAGUGCUGAGAGACCCAGCAGGCUGGCUCAGUGUAAACCCGGUGAAAGGCACAGUAAACACUACAGGCACGCUGGACCGUGAGUCUCCUCAUGUCCACAAUAACCGCUACAGUGCAGUGUUCAUGGCCACAGACAAUGGUAACCCUCCUGCUACAGGCACCGGUACUCUGAUCAUCACGCUGGAGGACGAAAACGACAACGCACCCUACGUGGUGCCCUCAGUAGUACGAGUUUGUGAGGAUGCCAAGGAGGUAAACGUGGCAGUGAUAGGAGCACGGGACAAAGAUAUCCACCCCAACACAGACCCCUUCAAGAUAGAGCUGGGGAAACAGCUGGGUCUGGAGAAGACAUGGAGGAUGUCCAAGAUUAACAACACACAUUCACAAAUCAUGCUACUGCACAGUCUGAAGCGAGCAAACUACAACCUGCCCCUGGUCUUGACUGACUCCGGCUUCCCACCACUCACAAACAACACAGAGCUCAAAGUGCAAGUGUGUACCUGUAAGAAGAACAGAAUGGACUGCAAUGGAGUCGGCUCUCUUCGAACAAAUCUGCAGUUGCUGCUAGGCCUGCUCCUGUCCUCCAUGCUCUGCUUGUAAAGAUCAAUCUCUCUGUUGCCCUCUUACAACACUGACGAGCAUCUCCCAGUCUGUGCCCCCAUCAAACCAAGACUGAGGCAACUGGCAAGGACCUUUCACCUCAUUUCAGAAGAUACCUUUAACUCCAGACCCCCAGUUUAUUUUGUCCAGCACCAUCAUAAUUUACUCAUCUCUGUCUCCUCCACCCCCCCUAUCUCUCUCUCUCUCUCUCUCUCUCUCUCUCUCUCUCUCUCUCUCUCUCUCUCUCUCUCU